AAUCACUAUGAGUGACAGAUAAAAGAUGAAGCAAUGUGUGGAAUUGUUCAGGCAGGGAUUAGUUACAUGUCCUUAAUACAAGAAUGGACUAGCAUCAAAGAUACACAAAGUUCUCCGUAGACACAUAAAAUGCCGUUCUUUACAAAGAAGAAGAAAAACAAAGCCUCCGAGAGCGAUGCCGAAGGAGCGAUGAGCAUCGGCACCCCUUUCAACGUUGUCCGCAACUACCACGUCAACUUUGACAGCUCAAACGGAAAGUUUGUGGGUCUGCCGCCGGCAUGGUCCCAGUUGCUGAAGGACUCCAACCUGACCGCCAAGGAACAACGAGACAACCCUGAAGCCGUCAUCAACUCCUUGAAGACCUACCAGAACUCUGUCAAACGAAAACCAUCAAAUGCCAAGUUCAUGAUGGUUGCUACGACGAUACGAGAGUCUGAUGAGCCGUUGGAAGGGGCUGAUGAUGAGGAAGGGAGUUCGAAGCAAGACUCCAAUGGCCAGGAGGUUGUAUUUGAAAGUUCGGAGGAUGCAGCUAAAACUGCGGUCAAGGAUGAGCAGAAUAAACAUCAACACGAAGUGGGUGCUGGAGACCAGGCAGUGGACAAGUUGGGAGAUGGCGUCGCCGAUGUAACCGUGGAUGAGGAGGAAGUUCCCACACGCCGACCCAAGUCAGACAAAAAGGUGGAAGCAAAGACAGAUGAAGAAAUAAAUGAGGAAUUGCGGAAGAUUGCCAGUGCAGGAGACCCACAGCAGAAGUUUGAGAUCAAGAAGAAACUAGGAUCAGGUGCCUCUGGGAUGGUGUGUCUCGCCAGAGAGAAGGCUAAUGAGGAUGUUGUUGUGGCGAUUAAAAUGAUGGACUUAAAUAACCAACCGAAGAAGGAGCUGAUUAUUACUGAGAUCGAGGUCAUGAAAACCUAUCGCCAUGACAACAUUGUAAACUUCCUGGACUGUUACAUGCUAGAUUCUGAACUUUGGGUAAUCAUGGAGUACCUGGACGGUGGCGCCUUGACCGAUGUUGUCACAGAAACCAUCAUGAAGGAGGGUCAGAUUGCAGCUGUAUGUCGCGAGUGCCUUGUGGGGCUUAAGUUUCUUCAUGAGAGGAAUAUUAUUCACAGGGAUAUUAAGAGUGAUAAUGUAUUGCUUGGAAUGACUGGCGCUGUCAAGCUGACCGAUUUUGGUUUCUGUGCUCAACUUAGUGGAGAGAAGUCUAAGCGUGACACUAUGGUGGGAACACCAUAUUGGAUGGCGCCAGAAGUUGUCUCCAGGAAGCAGUAUGGCAACAAGGUGGACAUCUGGAGUCUGGGCAUCAUGAUCAUUGAGAUGCUGGAAGGGGAGCCGCCAUACCUCAAUGAAACUCCUCUGAAAGCCAUCUUCAGGAUUGCCACUGUCGGCAAACCCGAGAUAAAGAACGAAACCAAACUGUCUGAGGAGCUGCGUUCCUUCCUGCACGCCUGUCUGGAAGUGGAGGUCGACAAGAGGGCAAAUGCCUCCGAACUGCUUGAGCACGCUUUCCUGAAGAAAGCCAUGCCGCUUACUACACUAAAACCGCUAAUCAUUGCUGCCAGGCAAUCUACUGGUCAUUGAGUCGAUUCAUUCUGAUUGGUGUAUAUAUCUACAUGGGCUUGAGUACAGGAGCCGUAUGACAGUGUCAAGUUGGCGUAUUCAUCAUUGAUGAUAAAAUGACUUGACACAUCUCUUGUACAUAUUGUCAUGUUUUGAAGUAAGGACCAUACGGUUAUUGAGAGACACCUGACAGAGGGAUCUUUCACUUCUUGCACAAUAUUAACAAUUCAGUAUGCAACCUCUCAACAAUAUGCUCACAAAAUUAUGUCCUUUAAUUUUCAAUUUUCGUACUUGCUUGUAAAAUGUAAACUGGAAAGAUAAUAUACAUGGUACCCAAGUAACAUCUAAAACAGGGGGGGGGCGGUGGGGUAGCCUAGUGGUUAAAGCAUUCGAUCGUCACGCCGAAGACCCGGGUUAGAAUCCCCACAUGGGUACAAUUUGUGAAGCCCAUUUCUGGUGUCCCCCGCCAUGAUGUUGCUGGAAUAUUGCUAAAAGUUGCGUAAAACCAAACUCAAUCAGUCAGUCAGUCAAUAUUAACAAUAGCAGAAUAUACAUAACAUGUGUUUUGAUGUUUCUCUAACACUAGUACUGUACAACACUGAUUGUGUUGACAUGUGCUAACAAGCUAUUGUCCUAGUAUCACCACAGAAUGCUGUUAAACAGAAGAAUAUGGCUUAUGUAGAUUAUGUUUUCUAUACUCAAUAUUAUCCUCAAAGUGCAUGGAAGAAAAGUUCAAAAAUGAAACAACUUUUUGGAUGACAACUUUUUGUUUAUUGCAUAGAGCGGCAUUUCGAUGUAGAUUCUUACACCGUCAUAUGUUUCAGUUUUGACUCCCAAACUUCUAAAAUGACGAUCAAACAAUUAGAAGAAAAGUCCAGUUGAAAGUUUGAUAGGUCUUGAGAGCAGAUCUAAAGGCGCUAAGUAGGUUGGAGAAAUACAGAGUUGAAAGGGAAGACCGUUUCACUGGCAUGAUGCCAAGGAGAAGUAUCUAUAUCCAUAGCAACAAGUUUCUCAUGUUGGUAGCCUUAUGGUCAUAUUCAAUAUGCUUGAUACGAUCAUUUGCCUGAUCUUUGACCACUGUGUGCUCUGACUCAGAGGGAAGUGCAGUAAAUUUAUCAAGCCAUAUUUGGUCCAUAAAGUAAGGACACCUGGACUCCUUAUUUCCCCUAACCAUAAGGAAUUAUUUCAACAAUGCGAUGUUGUUAAGAUUUGUUUUGACAUUAUGUUCAUGAAAAGAGUGUCAGAUCGCAAUAAGGAACUGUCCCCCAAUAACACAUACACCCCUCCAAAUAAUAUACAACUAAUCCCUAAUAUUGAAUAAGUUUUGCGAGACUCAUCUGCUUAAGCGUUCAUGGAGGCAAAGAACCAAAUUGAAAUGAUGCUUAAAAUCAUACAACUUGCAAAGAGUAUAAUGAAAAGCCUGUUCUAAAUUAUGGUCCUGGUUGUAGAUUGUAAAACCUGUAGAAACAGCAUGUCAAGCCCAUGUCGAUAUGCACACAAUGUAUCCAUUAACAAGUAAUGCUACACACUGUAUUUAGUCAUGACGAGCUCUAUCGGAACAAAACUGCCAUGAGUUACUGUAUUAUUCUCCAGAAGGACUGAAACUGUUAUAGGAACUGUAUAUAUCCUGUCGAAUGAAUUUUUCCACUGAAGUUAUGUAAAUUUAAGUACAGCUGACCCUGGGCCUGUUCACAUGGGUCUCUUCACGUCUCUUCACGUCCAGGCAGAUAUGUGUGAAGUGUGAUGAAAGACUGUUACUAGAAAGCCUUUGACGAUGAAAGGGAAGUAAACUUUGACACUGGAUUAGGGCAGGAAACAUUUAAUGUUGAUAUUUGUUUAUGAUGUUUGUUUUCUGAUAAGUCCCAGUCACAUAGUGCAAAUUAUUGCUGUUAACUUGCCAUUCGAAAACUACAGCUCCUGAAGGGAAGCUUGGCAGGGUGUAUGCCAUUGAACUUGUGAUAGGGAUAUUCUGAUGGUAGCUAAAUUUCCUCUUUUUAUCCAAGAUACGAAAA